CCUGUCACAUCGUAUUGUCAUUGUCAAAAUGACAUUUGUAACUAAAGGAAAGAAAGAAAGACUUCGUUUUGCUUGCACGUAAAAUCGGAGUAACCGUUGUGAAAGAUUAGUCACAAAGCAACGAAAUGCUUCCUGGUUGUCGGUCAAGAAUUUGGCCUCAAGGAAUGCAUUGCCUUCGGCAUGUUAUUGAAAUUUGAACUUAUUUGUUUGGUGCAUAAUGAACCGUUCUAAUAACAUCGCCCAGAGCUCCCAACUACACUUAGCAUCGGAUAAUGGUGUUCCUAACAGCACUCCAAUGAGAUUCGCUAGUAUAGCUGCACCUGCUCCACCUGCACCUACUCAUCAAAAUGGACGUGAAACUGACGACUUGCAAGAUCUUAAAGGGAAAGUCGAAUCUAGAUUGCUGUCUAUGUGGAACAACGUAAAGUUCGGUUGGACUGUAAAAUUGAAGACUAGUUUUUCAAAAGAAUCACCAGUAUGGCUUUUGGGGCGGUGCUAUCAUCGAAAGUUAAGCCCAACCGGUUCUUUGGAGUCCUCUACAGAGAUCGGUAUGGAAGCCACAGCACUUCAACCCAUGGAGCAAAUAUAUGGCGAAGGAAUUGAAGGAUUCAAGUCUGAUUUUGUUAGUAAAAUAUGGAUGACCUACCGAAGAGAGUUUCCUACAAUGUCAGGCUCUUCAUUCACCACAGACUGUGGGUGGGGCUGCAUGUUGAGGAGUGGACAAAUGUUAUUAGCGCAAGCACUGGUAUGCCAUUUCCUUGGAAGAACUUGGCGCUGGACUCCUGAAAAGCCUAUUCAAAAUGCAAGAGAAUUUCAAGAAGACUGCCUUCAUCGAAUGAUAAUAAGGUGGUUUGGAGAUAAGUCAUCAGUAAACAGUCCCCUCUCCAUCCACCAGAUGGUAAAGUUAGGAGAAAACUUGGGCAAGAAGCCUGGAGAUUGGUACGGACCAGCUUCUGUCGCCCACUGCUUGCAGGCAGUGCUGACUGCCGCUUCUAAAGAAAACUAUGAAUUUGAUUCCUUAGAAGUUUAUGUUGCUCAAGACUCUACUGUGUAUAUCAAAGAUAUACAAGAUUUAUGUAAGCUGCCCAGCGGAAGCUGGAAAUCCCUGAUACUUCUGGUGCCUGUCAAGUUAGGCACUGAUAAGUUAAAUCCUAUAUAUGGGCCCUGCCUCACUUCUCUCUUAACCCUGGACUUUUGUAUUGGGAUUAUUGGGGGCCGGCCUAAACAUUCACUUUACUUUGUUGGUUAUCAGGAUGAUAGAUUAAUACAUUUAGAUCCACAUUACUGUCAAGAAAUGGUUGAUGUGUGGCAGCCCAACUUUUCCCUGCAGUCCUUCCACUGCCAUUCUCCGAGAAAGAUGCCUAUUAGUAAAAUGGAUCCCUCAUGCUGUAUUGGAUUUUACCUUGCUACUGAGCAUGACUUUGAGACAUAUAUAAACAUAAUCAAGUCUUUUCUCAUCCCUCAGGGAGUUUCAUCAAAUCAUGAGUACCCAAUAUUUUCAAUACACCAUGGGUCCCGUAGUUCAGUCAUGAACCCCCCAAAUAUCAGAUACUCAAUUUAUGAAUCAGAGCAGAACUGGGUGGCCCCCAGCAUCAAUGACAGUGAUACAGACAUCGAGUCAGAGGAAUUUGUUUUAGUUUAAUAAUUAUAGUUAUACCAAAUAUGAUUGCAAUUAUUGUGUAUAUCAGUUAUUUUAAAGUAGAUCAUUUUAUUGGGUACUGCAUUAUCUGUUAGGUUUUUUUAAGUUAAUUUAUUGAUGUUAUUGUGUUUAUUGUAAUAUAUAAAGAUCUCUGUGUGUUUUAACCCUUAUCCAGGCAUAGUAUGAUUUAUCAACCACAUAUGUGCCAUUAGAAUUUCAACUUUAGCAUUCCGAUUUAAGGUUCAAAUUAGAUUACACUUUCAGGAAAUGUUACUUGUCUUCAAAUGAAUCAUCAAAGCUGGAUUAAUUGGAAUAUAUUUUGGGAAAACCUUGUAGAUUGGUGCGGCCUGGAAAAGGAGUAAUAAAUGUUCAAAUGUUCAUGCUCACUUGAGUGUACAUAACAUGAUUAUUGAUUAGUGAUACACAAGGUCAACACAUAUGCGCUUAUCAUAGGAACAUUUCUGGUAAAUAACAGAAUUUAUGUACUUAAAACUUUCUUAUCAAAAUAAUAUUAUUCAUUUUCCACUAAGACUUUCAUGCAUUUCAAGGACCAGUUACCUGCUAGUUUUUUAAUAACUAAUAUUGCUAAAAAGUAUAAGGUUUUAUACCAAUCAAUAUAAAGCUAUGAUAAGUAUAAAAUCUUGAAAUAGAGGCUGCUAUGCAAUAUAUAAUAAAACUGGUAAUGUCAAAUGUAUAACCAUUUAUCAGUCUGGAUAGUGCAGUGUGAAACAGUAUCUAAAUGUAAUAAUAACAAAAUGAAAAAGCGAAGUUUCUUCCUAUUAAUAAUGAGACCAAAGAGAAUUAAGAAGACCAAGAGUGCUCACUCCAUACAACGGUUUUGUUACUAAAAAUACUAUUAUUUUCGUAGUCUACAUCUAGCGUCAAGUAGUGGAACCCUCAGUACUGCUGCUCGACAAUAGAUGUCGCGGCAAACAAAAAGUCUAAUGCUCAACGAUUUUCAGCUAAUGUUAUAACCAGAGUAAGCGUAGGAGAUAAAAAUUGAGUUUGUUUGUUUGUUUAUUUAUUAGACAUUUACCUAUAAGCUAACAGGUACACCAAAUCGCUUACAAACUAGAUUACAGUAGGAUUACAAUACAAAUUACAUUAUGUACAUAAAAACACAGUUCAUUAUUUGCAGAAAUAUUAAAUAUUGGAUUAUUAAAUAAAUUCAGAGUUCGGUUACACUAUUUAUAAUAUUAGCGGGAAAUCGUUGAUCAUUGGACUUUUUGUUUGCCGCGACAUCUAUUGUCGAGUAGCAGUACUGAGAGUUCCACUACUUGACGCUAGAUGAAGACUACGAAAAUAAUAGUAUUUUAGGUAACAAAACCGUUGUAUGGAGUGAGCACUCUUGGUCUUCUUAAUUCUCUUUGAUGAGACUUAAAUUAGUUUGACUAGUUUGUUCAGCUGGACUGUAAAGUGGAUAUCAUGAUUUACUAUUGCCAACUCAUUAGCUAUAAAUCCAAUACAAAACAUGUAAUAUUAUGACAGCAAAACAAAUAUAACCGUUGCGAAAA